GAAGUUUGAACAUCCGAGAUAAUCAACCGCAGCUAGCUUUAAAAGAUACCAAUAAUCAAGUAAUAACGGUCGGAAGUAAAACAAAAAUCUGAAAGUGAUGUCAGACAGAGUGCAAAAGGAGUUCUUCGGGAAGACUUCAACUGGCGAAGAUAUUUACAAGUUUACGCUGAGCAACAAAAGCAAAGUUAGUGUUAGUAUUCUCAACUUUGGCAGUAUUGUCUAUGAAAUAAAUCUUCCUGACAAGGACGAUAACGUUGUAGACGUUAAUCUAGGAUUUGAUAAUGUGAAAGAUUAUGAAGGAAACAGGAAUUAUUUCGGCGCGUUGUGUGGUCGCGUUGCUAACCGGAUAAGUGGUGCUAAAUUUACUUUGGAUGGCACAACCUAUGAGGUCUCUAAGAACAUUCCUAUCGGAGGAGGCCACUGGGUUCAUGGUGGCUUUGUUGGCUUCAGCAGGAGGGUUUGGGGUUAUGAAGUAAAAGAUGAUACACUCAUUCUCAGCUAUACGGAUCCAGAUGGUAGUGAAGGCAUGCCUGGUGAGGUUGCUACGAAUGUUACAUAUACUCUAGAUGACGAUAACGUUCUCACUAUGGAUUAUAAGGCUACAACUACCAAACCUACGAUAAUAGAUAUGGGUAGCCAAUUUAUGGUUAAUCUUGCUGGUCAUGGCAACGGGGCAAUAAAGGAUCACGUUAUUCAGAUUGACUCAGAUAGAUACUUGGAAAUGAUGGAAAAUGACGUGCUUCCAACAGGAAAUACUAUAUCUGUGAUAGAGGACACUGCCAUGGAUUUUCGAAAGCCCCGAAGUAUAGAAGGUGAUACACUGGAGACACUGACUGGCGGAAGAGCUUUAUGUCAUGAUUUUCAAUUCGAUAAGAGAGGGGAGAAGAAAUUCAUGGCAAGGGUGGAACACCCAGAAAGCAAGCGUUAUAUGGAGGUUUAUUCUACCAAUUCUACAGUGAUGGCGUACAGCAACCAUUUUAUGAAAGUGCUUGUAGGGGAUAAAUCUUGCAAAGAUGGAGUCGUUUAUGAAAGAUAUGCAGCGCUAGCAUUAAUGCCUAUGGGUUAUCCUAAUUCUGUAAAUCAUGAGAAUUUCCCGCAAUCUGUUGUGAGACCAGGCGAAGAAUAUCACGAGACAGCGUGGUAUAAAUUUGGAACGACAGAAUGAACAGCCAUCUUGGAAGACUCGGGCUAAAAUGUCUCUCAGUUUGAUGCGUUGUAAUACGUAUUUAUCAACCAGAACAAUAAAACAUAAUAUCAUAGCAUAAUGGCUUGAAAAGGUCACAAUGUCCUUGUUAAUAAUGUGGCAGCCACAUUAAUUAUGUGAAGAAUAUAAAAUAUACCAUUUUCUAGCAAAUCCCUAUUUCCAAUAUUUGUCUUUUUCGUAUAUUUGCCAAAGGUUUGAACAUCGAUUUACAGAGAAGAAAGCACAAGUGAAGUCAUUGGUUACGAUUACUACUCGUUAUGAAUUUAGAAGAGUAAGUCUAUGCGCAAACAGUAUGUAGAAUAAGUAUUUAUGUAGUACAAUCUUAUUAAAUGAAAAUGUAAUAUACAGGUUUAACUCAGCACAAUCCAACAUCUAUAAUAAAGCAAUAGUAUCAUUCCUGAAAAU